AAAGCCCUGACACGCUGCCAGACAAUCAACAAAUCAGCUUCAGCUACAAUCGUGUUAACAGCAACAGCAGCAGCUCCUUAUCCUUAUCAACCAACAACAUGAAGUAUCUGUGCGUUUUCAUCAUUUUUGCCAUGUGCCUGGCCCAUUGCCUGGCUGCCAUCGCGGAGCCAGUCGCCGCAUCCUCGCCGGACGCUGAAGUCGAAUCGGUGGUGGGGGAGAAGAAGACGGAGAAACGUGGCAUCUAUGGCUUUGGAUAUGGUCACUAUGGACACGGCUAUGGCGGCGGCUAUGGACACGGACAUGGUCAUUAUGGCGGCUAUGGCUUUGCCAGUCCCUAUUAUGGCGGCUUCGAGUAUGUGCAUCAUGCCACACCCUACUAUGGUGGCCAUCAUGCCAGUUUCUAUCCUUAUCAUCAUGGUCAUUAUGGUUACUAUUAAGGGAAGCCAGCAACAAUCACAACACAACAACAGUAACAACAUUCCAUUUUAUCAACAAUUGCGUCCCACCACGCUCAUCGCUGCACCAUCACAAUGCAUAAGUAAUAAUAAUAAUUCAAUUUUUUUUUUUUUGUUUUUUUUUUCUGUUUCAUAUCAUACGCUAUGAAUAAACAAAAUGUCCUUUGAACGCUUAACAAAAA